AUGCUCAGGCACUAUGGCAUACUCAACCAUCAGGUAAGGGCAAUGAGAUUGCGUGGGUAUCCCAAAAGCCACCAACCCGCAACUCGAUACAGGAAGUUGAAAUUCAUUCAAGGCUCUCAUCCACAGAUUCAGAAAGAAAUCACCCCUCAGGUUGCAUGGAUCUCGUCAGUUUGGAUGGAUUUUCUGUCUCCUGUUAGCCCGCUCGUAGAAGCUCUCGUGGCUAGCUGGAUGCAGUUUGAGGUUCGAACAUUGAGGUACAGUAUCGUUCGAGUCUCAGCCUAUGCAUGCAUGAUAAUGAAAGACCUUCAAACCAUACCAUUACCCAGAAACACUGUAAUUCCUGCUGUAAUAAGGCCACAAGGAAAAGCCGAUCAAAUGAAAGAAAAAGAGAACCUUCCGGGUUCUCGUUGUUUUGGCCAGUAA